AUGAGUCUUUUUGAAUGGGCUUUUGGUAAGAGUGUUACACCCCAGGAAAGGUUGAGAAAAAACCAAAGAGCUCUAGAUAGAACUCAGCGUGAAUUAGAGAGAGAGAAAAGAAAAUUGGAGAUUCAAGAAAAAAAAAUUGUUAAUGACAUUAAAAGGUCAGCGAAGAAUGGCCAAAUUGGAGCUGCAAAAAUUCAGGCAAAGGAUUUGGUCAGAACAAGAAAUUACAUUCAAAAAUUCGAUAAUAUGAGAACCCAAUUGCAAGCAAUAUCUUUAAGAAUUCAAACUGUUCGUAGUAGUGAUCAAAUGGCACAAUCAAUGAAAGAUGCUACUAUUUUAUUGGCAGGUAUGAAUAGAUCAAUGAAUAUCCCACAACUACAGCGUAUCUCCAUGGAGUUUGAAAAGCAAAGCGAUUUAAUGGAUCAGAGACAAGACUUUAUGGAUGAAUCUAUUGAUAAUGCAAUGGGCGAUGAAUUAGAUGAAGAUGAAGAGGCAGAUGAUAUUGUGAAUCAAGUAUUGGACGAGAUUGGUGUUGAUUUGAAUGCACAGUUACAAACUACCCCUCAAGGGGUAAUGAAAGAAUCUGAAGUUUUGGAAUCUCAACCAAUUGCAGAAGCUAUUGGUACUUCUAUUGGAGGCUCUAAUCCAGAUGCCGAUUUGCAAGCCAGGCUAGAUAGUUUAAAAAAGCAAUAA